UAUCCGGUACGAGUUCAUCGUCUCCAAGUUUAAUUUCAGCAAAAGUCCCUUUUGUUUAAUUUCGUUGACAUUCAAAGCAAAAUCAAUCAAUCAAUCACUCAUGCCCGACGAUAAAGAAGAAUUGGAAGACUCCUCCUCCUACGUUUGGGACAACGAUACGCAGCUCUACAUCCAUCACAGGAGUGGGUUUUAUCAUGACCCAGUUGCUGGUUGGUACUAUUGUAGCAAGGAUGGUCUUUACUACAAGCAUGAAAACGGCGAAUAUGUUCCCCUGGAACAUGACGAAUCUGUACAUAUUGUCACUUCUGAAGAUGCUCAGGCUGAAGUUUUGUUGAGUGAUCCUGGAGAAACAGAAACUCUUUUAGAGCCAACAGGGUGCUCAAAUGACCAUGAACUUGAACAUCUUCAACGUCCUUCCUCAUGGGUGGAAGAUACACUUAUAGAGCUUUAUUUGGCUGGAAACAGUCGACGUCCUAGCUAUUCUGCGGAGGAUAAUCAGAUGUUGUCAGCUAAUGGAGACGAUGAUGCUGACGAGCUUGAAGAGGGAGAAUGGAUUCCUGAAGAUGAUUUUGAUCCACAGGAAGACUACUUUGAUCAAGAUGCUCCUUCAAGGGAGGAAGAAAUGUGGCUAGCACAAUAUGGUCAAGUCACUCAAUCCCCUGAGAAGACCCUGCCUGAGAUCCCGUCUGUUGACUUGUGGGACUGGAAACUUGUUUGUGAAUCCAGAGAAGCUGACAACGAACAGGUGGCUAGGCUAGUAGGGAGGCUGGUGAGACGGUCCGCCAAUCUUCAUCCAUCUGUGGCUUCUAGUGGCACACUUUUCAAAACUGCGCCGGUUUGUGAAGCACGCCUUCACCUGGUGCGAGUUAGGACAGGUCAAGUCUAUAAACUGCAGAAUCCUAGUCCAAAGUACCUUGCAACCUUGUCAGUAUAUGACGCCUCCAACCCAACAAAAUAUUGGGGAUUCCCUGAUGUUUCAACUACAUGGCAAGAUCCUGCUACAAAACGCAAAGCUAAGAAGGUGAAACCAAAAACUUCGCGCAGACUCAAGGUGAAGGAACCACAUGAAGUCGACAUGAUUGAAGAGGAGAGAAGCUCUGCAUACAGAGAUAGAGCCGCGGAGAGAAGAAAUCUGCAUGGUGGAUAUGGUGUUGGGCCAGGUCAAAAGGGGACAAUGGUAGGCCUUAUUGCCGACGAGCAUGAUACAGGUUCUGAAGAGGAUGCAACAGCAGAAGAAGCAUUGGAGUUAACAUUUGGAUCUGGAAGUUAUGCAAGGAGGAUAAUGGGAAACAUGGGUUGGAAGGAGGGUGAGACGCUGGGGAAGAAUGCAAAAGGCUUGGUUGAACCAAUACAAGCGGUAGGAAACACUGGGAAUGUAGGCCUUGGUUUUCCUCAAAGGAGAAGAAGAGGAUGAGGCUGAUGGUCGAACUUCUCCAAAAAGGUAUGCCGUGACUUGGAAGGAAACCAUAUCAAUGUACCGAAGUGCUGUAAUCCAGUAGGGCUGCCUUUGUAGUAACUUGUUCCACAAGACACAUAACAUUUUUGAGUUUGUAGAUUAACCCAAAAAGGGUUGUAUAGUAUUUAAGCUUGAAAAUAGUAUCUGUCGUCCUCGUUGAUUAGUCUACGAUGACUGGAUCUUUUAUAAGAAAACUGAGUUGAUUAUUUAA